CCAGAAAGCAGAAAGCUUGCGCAAGGCGUUGGCUGCCAUGGCCGACGACGAUCCACAUGUGUCGUUCGGAGGUGAUUCCUUUUGCAAUCCCCCGCCCCCUCCACCUUCGUCUCGUCGAAGGGUCAGCCAUAUCCCAUCGGUUCAUUUUGCUACAGCCAUGCAUCCCUCCGCCACAGCAUUCCCUUCGGAUGACAGGCAUCGCGGAGUUGCUACUUCUAGCCAUCACUUUGCAACUAGCAUCGCCUCUGGAAAGUCCCCUGACAAAUCGUCAUCACGCAUUCCACCUCCCACUCGAUGUACCUCAUCCAUGCUAACUUCAUCCAGCAUGGCCCCAUCCUCCAGCCAUAUUGUCUCGGCCGAGCGGUUUCCUCCAAUGUCAAAGGAAGCCGCAUCUUCCAAACGAUCACUUCUGCGAAGUGCCUCAACGAUAGAUCUUUAUCAUCGACAUCGCCCCCCAAAGGCCCAAGACAAGGAUAGCGACUCGGGCAGCAGCGACGGCAGCACUCGCCAGGGGUCGACUGCUCCUACCAAACUUCGGUUCCCUCUGCGAAAAAAGGACUCCCCAGGCAAAUUGACCAAGACAACGUCCUUCUUCGGAGCACCUCCAACCACCCCGCAACCGUCCCCAGAAAAGGCCGACGAUGCCGCACACCCACAUUCCAGUGACUUUGUUACACAGCAGACCCUCCGCGUGGCAAAAUUGCUGGGCGAGAAGGAGCAAAUGGAGCUCGAAUACAGCGACCUCAUGUGGAAGUACACGCAGCUUGAAGGCGAGCUGCAGCGAGAGCGGGGGCUGCGGGCAGACGGACAGAAAGACCUCGAGGCGAUUGUGGCGACGUUGACCCAGCAACUAGAAGCACAGACUGCGGCCGCGCAAUCUUGGGAAGCAAAGUUUAUCGACGCCAUGACUGCGUCCAACUCGAACGCGAUCACGAUGGCAGAAUUUGAAGAAAAGGAGGGUGAGAUUACGCGGCUGUGGCAAUGUGUGGACUCGAUGUCGGCCCAAGUGGAGGGCAUUGCGACGCUGACGAGUGCGCGCUCCACGACUCAGGACUGCACCGUCGCGUACAUGAACAACCUCCUUGAAGGCAAAACGAUGGAGAUAGACGCGCUGCGAAGUUCGCUGUACGAUACGGUGACGCUGUGCUUUCUGCACGAACUGGCCCAAGGGCACGACACUCGUGUGCUGCACACGUUCAUGGCGAGUUUGGGCAGUGACAUGGCCGCGUUCGAGUGGAUCAAAGCCCGGUUUUGCAGCAAAAUCAUCGACGACGGGCCGUUCUCCAAGCUUGAAAACUGUGUCGGAACGAUCGUGGUGCAUGCAGGAUCAAGCCACGUCCUCGCGGGGAUUGUCGACGAAGACGCAGGUGAUGGUUUUGUGUUGCCAGCGCUGGAUUUCUCGGUGGUGAAGACUGCAUCGCCCGUGGAAACCUGCCUCGAGUGUGUCGAACAGGCCGAUGGCGUCCACACGAUCGCGUUGGGGGGAUACCUCUCCCGAAGGCGGUCGCUCAUGGAAGCUUCUACACGCAAGAGUAUGUUUUCCAUUGUGUUUGACGACUUGGACGUCCGGCCCGCCCAGUACAAGAUGGUGGCGGUGGUCAAGCCGUUGCUGAGUCGCAAAGACAAGGCCAAGCUGUCCACGAUGCUCUUGCAAGAGUUUGGUGUCGCGGCGUUGAUGCUGCCAACGACGGCGGAAAUGGUGCUGCGGAACUGUGGGCUCACAACAGGCAUUGUUGUCGACAUUGGAGUGGACGCCACGUAUGUGGUACCAAUUUAUGACUCAACGAUCAUGACACAUGCGGUUGUCCAGCUCUUCGUGGGCGGACACCAUGUGGUCGAACAUACAGCCGCCCUCUUCCGGGCGUCAUCGCCGCCGUUUGCCGCGUUGGCCCCCGACAUGCAAAUGCAGCUGGCUUCGGCUAUUGUGGUCCUAUAUCUCAAUUCUAAGAUGCCAUAUUCACCUGUUUGACAAUUGAUGUAGCAAAGCAAGGCCCAUGUGGCUUAUGACGCGACGAAGGAAGGUGGAGGCGAUCAUACGUCGCACCCCCCAGUAUCGUUUGAGAUUCAAAAGGACAUGGCGUCGUGGGCCCUUGCAGCCGACAUGCAGCUCUAUCUCGGUCCAGAAGUGCUCUUCCAACCGUCGCUGCAUCUUCAAGGGUCGACGUGGGGAGGGCUCCACGAUGCACUGCUUCGAAGUGUCGACCUUUGCGACCCCAUCGUGCAAGACGAGCUGCUCGGCGCUGUGGUCUUAUCCGGCCGGGUGUCCAAGCUACCAGGCCUCAAGCGCCGCCUCGUCAAAGAAGUCGUCGUCAGUCGUCAUGAACUGCUCGGGAAGGUCCAUGCUUUUGUCCCAGACCACAUUGAGUACCAAUCAUACUGGGGCGCGUGUACGUUGGCCCAGUACGCGUCGGAUGACCAAUGGCAAUUGGAGUAAACCGGAGAACGACGUAGUCAUAUUUACCAUGCAUAACGAUGCACGAGUUUGUUUGGUUCGUG